UGGCAUAAUGGCAAAUCUUACCAAUGUUCCUCCAGAAGUUAUAGAAUUACACAAUGAAAUGGCUUAUCAUCUUCACUGCAAUAUGAGGGGAAAUGAAUUAACUGAGUUAAUAAAUCUGUUCAGUAACAACCCACUAACUCCGAGGGAUAUAGUUCGUAUCAAAAGUAUAUACGAACUUCUAGAAUGUUUGAUGAAAUACGACAGAAUAGCAUAUGGGAAUUAUAAAGAACUAACAAACAAAUUGAAGCGUGUUCAUCCACUAAUGAUGAGAAAAGUCCUUGAAUAUACGGAGAAAAUGAACAAUGUGAGAGGCGACAAAACAACGGGAGAGAACUCCAACUUUACUGAAACAGAUAGCCAUUGCUACAGAAAAGAGCCUAACACCGAACCAAAAGACAUAGAUUACCAUGGAAAUGAUCCAGGAGUUGUUGAAACGAACGAGGCCUCCAAUUCUCCGAAAACCAAUACAGAUUGGCAGUUUUACCUGGACUGGAUAUCGGAUAAAUUACCGUCUCAGGACACAACCACAGUUGCCGUCCAUCUUGGUAUUGAAUUUGACAAACAAAUGCAAAUAGCGGCAGAUAACAAAAAUGUUCAACACGAGCAAUGCUUUCAGGUGUUAUGGGAAUGGUUUCGAAGAACAAGCAAAAACGGCGAUGAAAAGAUAAAAGCCUUGCAUGACGCAUUGAAUGAAGCAGGCAGGGGGGAUAUUGCAGAGCAAGGAGUACAACGUAGAAGUAAAUACCAAUUGUAUGAAGUGGACGCGCCGUCCCUGGGUACACUGAUUACCGAAAUAGACAUACUGAGAGUGUCCAAAGAAAUUGGAGCUCAAUAUCCGUCCCUUGCUAGGUAUUUUGGCAUACACGAGGCUGAAAUACAUGCUUCAAGACAUGACAAGGAUGGAAUUCAGGAACAGGCCAAAGACAUUCUUAAAAAAUGCUUGAACCAUAUGUUGUUCAGUACAAGGCGGCAGCUAUGUGAUGGUCUUUGUUAUAAAAAACGCAAAGAUAUCAUAGAUAAAUUAAAAGACGAAUGGCGGAAUUCAUAAAAAGCAACAUCGAAUAAUAUUACUUGCACAGUCUGGUGUUUUAAGGUCAUACAAAUGUUGAAACUUAUCAUACUUCUUCCUUGCAUUGUAUCAUCGUUUUACAUAUCCUGUACGACUGAUUUACCUCCGACUUUGAUAUAACGAAACAAUGUUUUAUAAGUACAAGAAACUACAGUUUUGAUGACUGGAGUGAUAGUUAUCAACACGUCAACACGCCAAUGUCAAUCGCAAAAAGGUAGCUAAUUGGCCAUGUCAGCGCAUUAUAACUCACUGAACUGUGAGAACGGAGCUAUCUACAUCACCGAUUACGGCGAAUAAACUACACACCAAUUUAUUGUAUUGUACUUCAAAUCUGUCGGAAAUA